AUGACACAAACUAACAAAUUACUGUUGCUGGGAAAAGUUAUCCAUGCUAAGGCAGAGUAUCAACAGCUUUCUGAACUUGCUGAACUGGUAGAGUUUACUUCGAAGACCCGUGAGGAGUUCAUUUCUGAUCUUCACGGCAAAUACAGUGAUAUCACAGCCAUUUAUAAUACACACCACUCAGAUCAUAUUGUUCACGGAAUUGACCAGGAGAUAGUUAGUCAUUUCCCCGAGAGCCUUAAAUUUGUUUGUCAUAAUGGUGCUGGGUAUGACUCUGUUGACGUUAAAAGUUUGACUGGUAGGGAAAUUCAACUAUCGAACACCCCCCAAGCAGUUGCCAAUGCCACUGCUAAUACUGCGAUUUAUUUGAUUUUGGGAGCAUUGAGAAAUUUUAACCGCUUAGCUAAUGAGCUACGAAGAGGUAAUUGGUGCCGUACUACUCCCGAGGCCCAUGAGCCUACUGGCAAAGUCCUAGGAAUAUUGGGGUUGGGAGGAAUCGGUAGUCUUAUUCGUGACAAGGCAGCAACAUUGGGUUUUGAUAGAAUCAUUUAUCAUAAUCGCCGUCAGUUGCCCAAAAAUGAGGAGGGGUUGGCCGAAUAUGUGACCUUUGACGAACUUUUAGCUCAGUCUGAUGUACUGUCUUUGAGCUUGCCGUUAAAUCCUAACACAAGACAUAUUAUUGAUGCUGGUGCUUUAUCCAAAUGUAAAGAUGGCGUUGUUAUUGUUAACACAUCUAGAGGUGCAAUUAUUGAUGAGAAGGCGCUUGUAAGGGCCCUUGAUUCGGGUAAAGUUUCAUCAGCGGGUCUUGAUGUUUUUGAGAAGGAGCCCGAAAUAGAUCCUGGUCUACUUUCUAAUGAAAACAUACUCUUGUUGCCUCAUGUUGGUACUCAUGCUGUAGAACCCAGGAAAGAAAUGGAAUUGACCGUAAUCAGGAAUCUGAGAUCAGCCUUUAAAACUGGCAAAGUAGUAGAUCUGGUACCUGAACAAGUGAAAUCGUCUAGAUUGUAA